AUGAUCCUCUCGCCUUUCUCCUCCCGCCUCCGAGUCCGCCGCCGCCGCCGCCGCCAGCGCCAACGCCAGAUACUCCGCGCGCUGAUUAUCCUCUCUGUAUUAUGGAAUUGGAUAGAAGUCCACUGGGUCCACCGACGGCUACUCAAAGCAGACGAUAUUCACCAUGAACAGCCACGGCGACGGAUUGAACUGCCACAGCGACGGGAGCGAGUCUACAUCGCCGGUGUGAAUUGGAACAGCGAGUCUAUUUUACGGAACCACUGGAAUCAAGCCGUGCUUGACCUCGCUCAGAAGUUGGGACCCGACAAAAUUUUUAUCAGUAUCUACGAGAGCGGCAGCUCGGAUGGGACUAAGGGUGCGCUGGCGGAGCUGGACGAGGAGCUAGAUCGUCUUCACGUACCUCGGAAUAUCACUACCUCGCCGGUUACGCACGAGGACGAAAUGAACAAACCACACGAUGGCGAUGGCUGGGUCAAGACCUCUUCAGGAAAGAGCCAGCUGAGGCGAAUUCCGUAUUUGUCUCGAAUGCGGAAUUUGAGUCUCCAGCCGCUGGCAGAGCUGGCAGAGCAGGGAAUCAUAUUUGACAAGGUCUUGUUUUUGAACGACGUUGUCUUCACUGUUGGUUUUGUUCCUGCCAUCUCAUACAUGCUUGUACUGAUUUAUGCUAUUGCCAUUCAGGGCAAUGAUAUAGUCGAACUAUUGAAUACCAACAAGGGCAACUAUGCCGCUGCCUGUUCGCUGGAUUUCUCAAAGCCACCCGACUACUAUGACACCUUUGCGCUCCGAGAUAUUGAUGGCCAUGAGACGGUAAUGCAGCAAUGGCCGUAUUUCCUCGCCAUGCCAGCAGGUCCCUUUUACGCCAAGUCACCACUCAGAUUCCGAGGUAUCCCCGAUUCCCUCGCAAGUGCUCAUCUCGAAGGCUCGGAGUGUUGCCUUAUCCACGCGGACAACCGGUUAUCCAAAUACCUGGGCAUUUACCUCAACCCCCGUGUACGCGUAGGGUACAACGGCGAUGCCUACGAUGCCGUGAAUCCGACUGGAAAGUGGCUAUCCCGAUGGCAGAUUCUGCGGGGGCUAUGGAGUAAUCGUCUGCGCCGCUGGACAAGUUCUCCGUUGCCGAAAGAAAUGGCCAUCCGGAAUCGGGUGGAAAAGUGGGCUGCACAGAGCGAACAUAACCACGAGCCUGGUGUUUUCUGUCUCGUGAAUGAGAUGCAGGUCCUCCAUCCUCGUGGAUGGGCUCAUGUAGCAUAA